CACCACCAGAAAUGAACGUUUGUUUCAACGUCAGCUGGGCCUGAUUUUACUCCCACAGACACCCAUAAAUCCCUUUGCAACAACCAAUGUAACCUAAAGUUUCGCUUACUUAGCCAGCAUCUCUCAGACUGGUAUUGUCUCUAACAGUCACCACCCUGCCUAUCCUCUUCCCCACUCCCAUCACAUCACCAAAUGGCACUCCCAUUCCUCCCCGAAGAACUCCUCGAACGAAUAUGCUCCUACCUCUGCCCCCACUGCCAAACCCCCCACGACAUCCCGAACACCGACUCGCCAUGCGUCCAGACCAGCAAAGCCACCCUAGCCCGCCUCUGCCUCGUCUCAAAGCGGCUCCUCGCCAUCGCCCAGCCAAUCCUCUACCACUACUACGCAACCGGGAACAUUAUCGGCCCCCUCAACCCCAAGGUGUCCUCCUACCCCACCGCAGACGACAAGCUCCCCUCCUUUCUGCGCACUAUAAUCCACCGCCCCAUUCUCGCGACACAUAUCCGCACCCUCCAGCUUCAGGAAACUCAAAGUCCUAAUCUCCCUGCCUUUGCGCCCGAGCUCCUCCCACUGUUUAACAGCACCAGCGAAGCCCAUGGCAUUAGGGCGCCCAUAGCUGCGCAAUGGGUCAUCGAUCCCACACUGCCGCGCCCAAAAGACGCAAUCGAGAAAAAGACACGCAUAGCCAUCCACCUCUGGCUCCGCGAACUCGCCAUCAUUCUUACCCCCCGCACCUCUCAUCUGAUAUUCGGCCACAGCCCCUUCCUCCCGCGCACCCACAUAGAGCCCUCAUCCCGACUCCUCCCAGCUCUCACGUCCCUCUCGUUCCGCAACGGCGUGAAUGGGUAUAACCUAGCCAUGAUGCUGCCGCUGCUGCGGAUGGCGCCGAACCUGACAUCGCUGCACGCGACCGACAUCUUCGGUUACUACGGCGAAGGGCUAGGGGUUAGUGCGCCUCUGUCGCUGCCGGGGGUGCGGAGGUUGGUGGUGGAGGGGAUGAGGAUGGAUGGUUUUUGCGAGAUGGUGGGGUGGUGUGGGGGGUUGAGGGAUGUGGAGUAUCAUUACCACCGCAAUUUUUAUGGGCCGGAGAUAUUAGGGGCUUUGGCGCCGCUUAGGGGGGUUUUGAGGAGGUUUUGCGUGAUGUUCAUAUCGGGGAGGUUGGCGUCUUAUAGUGAUGUUAGUGCACCCUACGAGUACUUGAUGCCGAAGAGCCAGCCUGAGACUAUACAAUCGCUACAGGAGUUUUGCCAGCUGGAGGAGUUGGUGAUCGACCAGUGGGCGUUUAAUUACUAUGGUAAUGGCCACGGAGGUUCGAAGAGACUCGUUACGCUACUACCUUCGUCGAUUCAAACUGUGCAUUUCAGAUAUAUCCAUAGAAGCAUGCAAGCCGAACUACAACAGCUCGCGCUGGCGGUACCGAACAAGUUCCCCAAGCUACGGCGCUUGAAGAUCGGCAUAGCGGAUAACUGCAAGCCGGAGUGGAGACAUGAACUAGAGAAGAUGCGCUCCGUGGAGGCGGACUUUGCGGAUGUGGGCGUGCAGGUGGAAUGGGGCGUGGAUGGGGGCUAUCCGUGUCCUGGGUCGGCAAUGCCGCGACACACGGUGUUCCCAGAGUCGGAACUUGUUGUCCGUCGUUCUGCUGACUCCGCGUCGUUCAUCGAGAUGGAAAACACAACUACUCAACGUGGAAGGCGCAGAGUGAUACCGAGGAUACGUGAGAGAAUUUCAUCUUUCCGCUCUACCUAUCUAUCUGGCUGAAGUACUCCUAUCUAAUCCCUGCCCUUUAUAUAGAGUUAAACCAUAGCUACCUAUCCCGAGAGCGGCUUGCGUCCAUGGACAAUGUAACUGCCACUAUUAGCACUCCCCCCUAUAACCAAGAAAAAGCACGGAGAAACUCACUAAGGCCAAUAUGCGUGGAUACUACGAUCCCGAAUCUCCUUCCUCACCCCCACCAAAAACACCGAAACCUCCUCCGGCGUCCACCCCAACGCCUUCUGGAACACCCUCAUCGUCAUCCCCUCCAAAUUACUCAACAAGUUCUCCAUCUCCCACGCUCCAAGUACCUUCAUCCUCGGAUCCUUGGGCCACGUGUUACACGGCAACUUCACCACCUUGACCGUCACAUCCUCAAACCCUCGCUCCUCGAACCACCCCUUCCAGCGCAGCGGAUCGUCGAUCGGCGUCCCGAAUAUCUUGGCCGAUUUGUUCAGGUUGUCGGCGAAUUUCUGGAAGCUGCCGUCCACGGGGAGCGUGUUGUCGUCGGAGCCGAUGCAGGCUGUUACGGCUUGGAACUCGACGUAUCCGCCUGGUUUCACAUGACUGUUGGGGUUAGUUAUUGGGAUCGGGAGUUAUGAGGGAGGGAGAAAAGGGGGACUGACGUGUAGCACUGGUCGAUUAGCUUGGGAAAGUCGCGGCAGGCGAGGAGGAGGUCGCGGCAGAAGAUGAAAUCGAAGCUGUUCUCUUUCCACAUCCACGGACGCUCCAUGUCGUCUAGCUCGAAGCGGCAGUUCGGGGGGACCCUGAGGUUUGUUAGGCUCCUGUUGAGAUUCGGAUGAGGGACAUUAGAAAUACCAAUCUGGCUGUGUAGGUGCAAUGUCCACUCCGAUGACCUGUAGAAGUAAGGAAGGUGCCACGUUCUAGAGGCAAGGAAACGAACCUCAGCUGAUGGAUAUUCAUCGGCCACGUCUAUGCACCAGAUUCCUGAAUCGAGUGAGAUUAGGACGGGUCGUACGCACAUGUUGAGCCCCCCUUACCUGUGCCGCACCCGAGAUCCAAGAUCUUCUGAGGAUUGCUUCCGAUCGGGGCGAGGAAGCGCUUCUUCUCAAGCAAUGCGUAGUACUUUGCGUGGCACAUAUCGAUGCG